UUUUGGUGUUACACAAAGGCACAAGCCCCACUGUCCUCUUACAUCACAUUUGUCUCCAAAGAAAAAGUGACUCAAAUUCCUUUCAUUUCUCCACCCAUUCUUCCUUCAAUCAUCUUCAACUCCUCUCAUUUUUUAAUCUCACACCCACCAUUCUACCUUUUCAGAUGACCCACCGGAAAUUCUUGAUUUUCCGGCCACCGCCAGCCAACUAACCCACCAACCAAAAACACUAAAGACUCAAACUUUAUCACAAAAACACACAAAUUCUUCAAUUCUGACCUCUACCCAGAAUUUAUAACACCAUUUUAUCCCACCCCUUUUGGGAGAAAAUACAAUGGCUACUGCAAACAACACAGAGGAAGCUGCAGCAAAAGGAGUGCAAAAGCGUUAUGAAGGGCUAGUAAUGGUGAGAACCAAGGCGAUUAAAGGGAAAGGAGCUUGGUAUUGGUCACAUUUGGAGCCUAUUUUGGUGCACAAUUCAGAUACAAAUUUACCCAAAGCUGUGAAACUCAAGUGUGGCUUAUGUGAUUCUGUGUUUUCUGCUUCAAACCCAUCAAGAACUGCUUCUGAGCAUCUCAAGAGAGGGACUUGUCCUAAUUUUAAUUCCUUUGUUUCGAAGCCUGUUUCGUCCAUUUCGCCAUCUGGGUCUACUCCUUCUCCGGUUGUUCAGUCCCCUGCACCACUUAGUUUAGCUUCUCCGCAGCACCGGAGUGGCAAGAAACGCAAUUCUUCAUUUUCCGGCAGGACUAAUUCUAGUAGUCAUCAAGUUCAGCCACUUGCUGUUGUCGAUGCUUCGAGAUUUUCUGUUGAGGUUGCUUAUUCUCCGGUUGCCCUGGGUGGUGGUGGUGGUGGGGUUUAUGGGCAGCACAACCAGUUUUCGCAAUCGCAACAGCAGGUACAGCAGCAGCAGCAUUUGAUUUUGUCAGGUGGAAAAGAGGAUUUAGGUGCAUUGGCUAUGUUUGAGGAUAGUGUGAAGAAGUUGAAGAGUCCGAAAGCCAGUACACCAAAUUUGAGCUUAAAUAAGAUUCAGGUUGAUUCUGCACUUGAUUGUCUUGCUGAUUGGGUAUAUGAUUGUUGUGGUUUAGUGUCGUUUUCGUCUUUAGAGCAUCCUAAGUUCAAGGCAUUUCUUAAUCAAGUUGGACUGCCAUGUGUUUCUAAAAGAGAAUUGGCUGGGGAGAGGUUGGAUGAUAAGUAUGAUAAAGCUAAGGCGGAGUCGGAAGCUAAAAUCCAGGAUGCUAUGUUUUUUCAGAUUGCUUCUGAUGGUUGGAAAUCAAAGAGUUUUGGACAUAUUGGUGAAGAGAAUUUGGUUAAGGUAGGUUUGAAUCUUCCAAAUGGGACAAGUGUGUUUCGGAGGGCGGUUUUUACUAGUGGUUAUGUGCCUUCUAAGUAUGCUGAGGAGGUUUUAUGGGAGGCUGUUUUGGAUUUAUGUGGGAAUAAUUUGCAGCAGUGUGUAGGUAUAGUUGCUGACAGGUUUAAGUCGAAGGCUCUGAAGAAUUUAGAGAAUCAGCAUCAUUGGAUGGUCAAUCUUACUUGUCAGUUUCAAGGGUUUAAUAGGUUGAUUAAGGAUUUAAUGAAAGAACUUCCAUUAUUCAAAAAUGUAACUGAGAACUGUUCAAAACUAGCUAAUUUUGUUAAUGGUAAAUCCCAAAUUCGAGAUAUCUUCCACAAGUUUCAGUUGCAGGAAUAUGGGCAUGCAGGGUUAUUAAGAGUACCUUCUCGUGGUAAUAGGCUGAGUUUUGGACCUGUCUACACUAUGGUGGAAGACAUAUUGAGCUCUGCUAGGGCUCUUCAGUUAGUUUUGCUUGAUGAUUCGUAUAAGGUAGUGUCAAUUGAAGAACCACUUGCGCAAGAAAUUGAGGAAAUGCUGAGGAAUCCCCAUUUUUGGAAUGAAUUAGAAGCAGUGCAUUCAUUAGUAAAACUGAUCAAAGGAAUGGCCCAGGAGAUAGAAGUGGAGAGGCCACGUGUUGGGCAAUGCCUUCCACUUUGGGAAGAUCUUAGAGUUAAAGUGAGGGAUUGGUGUUCGAAAUUCCAUGUUAUUGAAGCACCUGUAGAAAGAGUAAUUGAUAAGAGGUUCCGGAAGAAUUAUCACCCAGCUUGGGCUGCUGCCUUUAUACUAGAUCCCUUGUAUUUGAUUAGGGACUCUACUGGGAAGUACUUGCCGCCAUUCAAAUUCUUGACACCUGAACAAGAGAAAGAUGUCGACAAACUCAUAACGAGGCUUGUUUCUAGGGAAGAAGCUCACAUUGCGCUAAUGGAGCUUAUGAAAUGGAGAACAGAAGGGCUUGAUCCAGUGUAUGCCCAAGCUGUACAGAUAAAACAGAGGGAUCCUCUAACAGGAAAGAUGAAAAUUGCCAACCCCCAGAGUAGCAGGCUUGUGUGGGAAACUUAUCUUACAGAGUUUAAGGCACUUGGGAAAGUUGCAGUAAGGCUUAUCUUUCUUCAUGCAACCUCAUUUGGGUUCAAGUGCAAUGUGUCUUUCUUGAGAUGGAUUAGUGCUAAUUCACAUUCCAGGGCAGGUAUAGAUAGGGCUCAGAAACUGAUUUUUAUUGCUGCACAUUCAAAGCUUGAGAGGCGGGACUUUUCUCAUGACGACGAUAAUGAUGCAGAAUUCUUAAGCGUGGCAAAUGGCGAGGAUGAUGCAUUAAAUGAAUCUUUUGUUGAUGCAUCCUCUGUGUAAUAUUCAUCCCUUCAAUCCCUGAUUUUUCCUAUUCUAUAAUCCUCAAUUGUAGAAUUUUUCCUUAUUGUUUCCACAUAGUUAUUCCCUCUAAUUGGUACUAUAGGUUUUCUUUAGAGGUUUUAAGGGUGGCCGAGAGGGAACACCAGACGCGGAACAGUUCAACAUACAGUUGCUUCGCCACAUCAGGAUUUUAGCUAUUACUAAUUUUUUCAGAAUCAUGAGUUUGCCGAUAAUAUUUCCGUCUGUAAAGACAGAGAAUGUAGUAGACAUGCAGGGGUCAUGUGGAGUGAAUAAUACUUUAUAGAGGGGAAGUGAUUUUUCCUCCCUUUUCUUGAAGGAA